AUGGCGGCUUCAUUGGAAUGCUCGCUUAAUACGGAUCAAAAAGGUGUAGUUUUACGUGUGAAACGAAAGAGAACCGAUGAUGCAGUUGAAGCUUUAGUUGUAUCCCAUAUAAUACCUUCCAAGAAAGCGCACUUAUCAAGUGAUGAUGUAAACAAGCCAACUAAUGAUAAUGUGACAAAUGAGGUAUUUAGAUUAUUGGGAACUUGUAAUGAAAGAGAUGACAGUAGAAGUAAAGAUUUAUUGAUAAAUGUUUCUAAAACAAAAAACAAAAUCCGUGAUGAUUUUAAGACAAAUUCUAAAGGAAUAAAAGAACAAACGAAGAAAAAGCAGAUGAAGCGAGAAGCAAAAAGGGAGUCACAUAGUGAUGCAAGGUUUCGUAUCAUCAGUAAAUUACGACAAGAUGGAAGUUCUGAUGAUGUCAAAUCAACUGAAACUGUGGACCCUAAGUUACAGAGGACAGUAUCAUCUGACAGCUCUACUGAUUCAGCUGAUGAUGAAGUGAGAAGAUUGUUUACAGUUUAUGAUUUAGUGAGAGAUGAUUUACAAGAUGACAAAAGGACAAGAGAUUCAGCAAUGGAGGGCAAAACAGAAGACACAAAUACAAUAUUGUGUAAUUCAGUCAAGAUGAUUCGUGAAAAGCUUGCUGUUUCUGAAGUCAAAAAGCCAGACAUUYUAGAGGAAAAUUAUGUGUAUGAUUAUUACUAUGCGCCAAAGAGCAACCGAGAGUUUGGUGAUGUUCUAGAGAUUACUUGCUUUGAUGAUGAUGAUGAAUUCUACCUGGAAACAGCAGACAGGGAGUUUGAAGCAACAUUUGAGGAUGAUGAUGAUUCUAACGAUGAAAAUAAUUGGCGUAAUGAYUACCCAGAUGAAGGGACRUGGUCAUCUGAUGAAGAAACCAAACCACGUAGGAUGAACAUGGGGCCUGAUUUUGGUUUUAGUUAUGGAAUGGAUGACGAUGACGAUAUAAAAUAUGACAAAAGAGCUUUUGGAGAAGAUUUGACAAGUGAUGAAGAUGAUGAACUGAAUGACUAUGGACAACCAUACAGUCUUUCGUCUCGGAAAGAAGUGUAUAAUGAAGAAUUAAGUGAUGAUCCCGAUCUUGACAAUCUCUGAAAUKACCACCCUAAUGGUACCCAAASAUCAACCUCGUUCCCAAGCUCUUUCAAGCCCUUAAAAGCGAAGGGCCUGUGAACAAGGUUGAUCCAUGAACGCUUGUUCUUUUACUUGAGUUUUCUAGCGUUGUAAAGAAAWUAGAAAUAAUUUGUAGAAAUGAAUGCAAAUUGAAUUAUAGAAAUAAAGGAAUUUUGAAAUAUAAAAAAACAAUUAGUGUACGUUAA